AUGAAAUAGAAUUCUAAAUUUGAUCAAUAGCUUUGUAUAUCAAAAAUUCUUCUGGAUCAAUCAAUUAUAGUAACUAUUAUUUAUAGUUAAGUAAGACUUUCAAACAACAAGAUUUUUAGAUAUUAAUAGCAUAAUUUACAAGUGUCCUGAACCUGAUGAUUCUUAAGAUUCAAGCAUGAUAUCAGUUAUAUCACAAGCAAAAGUUAAUAGGAAUAUUUAGGAAUUAAAUUAAAAUUAUUAUGCUAAUCAAAUUUAUUAAAUCCAAGCAAUAUAAAAGAAAAAUUAAUAAAAUUUAUAAUUUCAACAAUUUCAGAUGAGUCAAAGAAUAUACUUGUGGAUUAGUAAAUUAUAGCUUUUGCAAAUGAUAUGGAAGAAAUAAUCCAUAUAGAUUAUGAACUACCUCAUUAACCUCGUAUAUAUAAAAAAAUAUUUAGAUAGAUUUGGAAGCUCUAAAUAGGUUAUUUCAAAGAAUACAUAAAAAAGAUAGAUAAAAAUAUUUGUAGAAAUUUUAUAAUUAACAUGAAACUAUGUGUAUAGGAUUAUUUAAAGAUAAUUUUAAAUAACUUAUAAGCUCAGAUGAAAAGUAAUUUAUCAGAUAAUAAUGGAUAUCACUUCUUUAAAAUGUUCAAAUAUGUUAAAAUCACGACAUACAAUAAAAACAAUACCAAAAUAAAUGAAUUUAAUGAAUUUAUCAUUACCUCCAGUUAAAAAGAGUAGAUCUGA